GGCGCUUGUUUGACUUGUUUUGAUAGUUAUGUCUACAUCAUGUGUUGUGAAGAAUUUAAACCCUCCAGAAACUCAAAAUGUGGAGGUUUUCUGUCGUAUCAAGCCGCUUGCUUCAGAGGGAACAUCCUGCUUGGAGAUUUGUGAUGAGAAGACCAUAAAAUCUUUUAGCAGUCGUUCUGGAACUCGGAAAGAGACUUUGCACGUUUUUACUUCGAUUAUACCACCGCAUUCAGGGCAAGAGAAUGUUUUUCGUAAAGUUGCUCUUCCGAUGGUUGCAGACUUUCUGCAGGGGAAGAAUGGUUUACUGUUUACUUAUGGAGUCACUGGAAGCGGCAAGACUUACUCAAUGGAAGGGUCUCCGAAAAACCCCGGUAUUUUGCCUCGCUCCCUGGAUGUUAUAUUCAAUUCUGUGGGGCAGUGCCAAACCAAGAAAUAUGUGGUAAAACCUGAUGGUGCGAACGGGUUCAUUAUCCAAUCUGAAGCGGAUGCACUUGUGGAUCGUCACCGAUAUGACUUUCAACAGCGCUCCCGCAUUUCAAAACCUGAUGUGAGAUCUGUAAAUAGAGGCGAAAGGAAUUGCGAGUCAACAUCUGUAGAGGUCCCUUGGAAGUCUCUUUUCGCCGUAUUUGUGUCCUUCAUUGAAGUUUACAACAAUAAUAUAUAUGACCUAUUGCAAGACGUAUCAGACAUCCCGGGAAGAAACCUAACGACUCGGAUACUACGGGAAGAUACUCAUCGGAACGUGUAUGUCCAUGGAGGGGUUGAAGUGGAGGUAAAGUCUCCUGAAGAAGCAUUGGAUGUAUUCUGCACAGGUCAGAAACGUCGUAGAGUCGGACAAACUGCUCUUAAUCUUGAGUCCAGCCGAAGUCAUUGUGUUUUCAAUAUUCGAUUGGUUCGGACUGGUUAUGACGUAAAGUAUAAUGAGGCUGUUCAAGACAAAGAGUCUGUUAUUAUCAGUCAAUUGUGCCUUGUGGAUCUCGCGGGUUCGGAACGUACAAGCCGUAGUGGAACACAAGGCAAUCGUCUGAAGGAAGCAUCCAACAUUAACAAUUCCCUCAUGAAUCUCCGAAAGUGUAUCAAGGCCUUGCGUGAUAUUCAAACAAAUGGCAUCAGAUCUCGUGGGAAUGCAACUACUCCUGGUGGACAGACACGUGUUGUUCCCUAUCGUGAUGCUCGACUGACAUACUUGUUUAAAAAUUUUUUUGAGGGUGAUGGUCGUGUCGCAAUGCUUGUUUGUGUUCAUCAAGCCCCAGAAGAGUAUGAAGAGACCAUGCAUGUCCUAAAGUUUGCUGAAACAAGCCAAGAAGUUACAACUUACCGUACCAUCGUUCAACCAAUUUCUGUUCGUCCGCUCUAUGAUCAUCACCAUCCACGAAUACAACCUCCUUCCCGUACUUCUGAUAACUGUUCAAGUACUCCAGAAAACUCUGUCGCAACUGUAAAUAUUGAUGACCAAUCUACUCAGAUUUUCAAUGAUCUAGAAUAUUUGGAUAGUGAGAUCACUUCUUGUAUAGAAAAAAUGUCUGAUGGAGAUGGCUUUAUGGAGUUGGGUUUGGAUUUCGAUAUAACUGAUUUCGAUGACGCCGAUAUCCGUGCUUGUCUUGAUUUAGAGCCACUGGGUUGUGAUUUAUCUUUUUCGGACAGCGAACAAACCUCAACGCCUUUGCCGAACAAGUUACCAGGACACUUGCUUGACUUAAAAAUGUUUGGGACCAGUCAUUUACGAACCUUAUUAAAUCAACGAAUAAAGCGUAGGAAGCAGGCUCACGAUUCUCUGCAAGCGUUAUUCCCUAGCCUUCAGUCUUUAUUCAAUGAGUUACUGAAUAGUGAGAAUCGGGCUAGUGCAGAAGUUAUUACGUCAAACAAUACAAAACCCGAAAAGAAUCUAGUUAGUGUUUUGUCCAAGCAAUGGGAAUCUCGCCUAGCUCAACAGCAAGCUGAAGCAAGGACAUUACCACGUCCUAAGAAUACAAAAGUUGGUGAGAGAUUUGGAGUGGCUCUGAGUAAAACAGUUGACCGUCGUGCUGCUCCUGCAUUUAAUCCUCGACAUCGUCGGUCUCAAUCAGUUUGUGGUGACGGUGGACGUUGGUUAGAACAUCAAGAACUCAACGCGACUCCUUUAGGGACAGUGUUUACACCAGUUUUAAAACAUCGGAAAUCUGUAACUCGUGUUGAAUUAAAAGAUACCUUAAACGCCGAUAAUUAUCUUUUGCAUCACCAAGAAGCUGAUCCAAAUGGUAACAUUGAAACCCAACUGUUUAAGGGUUCCAUUAUUCCGACCGCUGGUGGUGGUUCUGCUGUUGUUUUCAAUGAUGUUGAAGUCUUGCGGCAGUCUUCUCCUGGUCGCGAACAAAGAAACGGUACCAGUGUUAAAACUGAUAAUAACGAUCAUAGGCAAAGAACAAGUACAAUUCAUCAUCGAUCUGGCAUGAAACGAAGUUAUUCUCACUCGCCACCUAAUAAAAAGCUUUCAUGUGAAUCAGUUUCAACCCAAGGUUCGUAUAAUUCGCAAACUACAGGAUCAUCCGCUUACUGCCCGAUUAGUCCACCUGUUAAAACGACUGCAGAAGCCAUUGAUGAUGCUACCAUUGAAGCUAGAUGUCGUAUAGGCAUGAAUAACAGAGGAGGAAUGGGCUGUCAGGCAUCCCCUGUAAAAUGUAGUUCGCGAAAACUUUUCAGACAGGUCACUGUUCCUCCUGUUGGUAAUUUAUACUGGCUACGAAUACCAGUAAUCUCCUUUAAUUUGGCAUUCAGUGGUCUAUAUGCAGAGGUCCAGAAUGUAAAUCAUUGAUGAAUGCGAAACAGUUUUCAUUUCUUUUUUUUACUACUGUGCAUUUAUUUAUGAUUAAAGAUGCCGAUUUAUUUUUUAUCUUUACAUCAUUAUAUAUAUUUGUGUAUACUUGCUUUUUUGUAGUUGUUACUUGCGCUAUCUGUUUUUCAUUUUUUUUUAAUCGUUGUACAUUUUCGACGUAUUGUUAUGCACUUUCAAACCACUCAUAAUUAUUAUUUUCUUCAAAACAAAUAAUAAAUUUGUUUUAUACUUC